AUCAUCAUCGGCCCACUCUUGCGCAUUUGAUGCUUGCUUUCCCUCUCGCUCUUGUACUUGCAUCUCGCUCCUUCCUUUAUUGUUAACUGCCAUUGACCGUGCCUUCUUCUUGUCACAGCUACGUUAGCACACGUCUGGCAUAAAUUCUUCGUCGAGAACAAUACAUACAGAAACAGCACGUGCGUCUGCAAGAAGCCGUCAAUCACUUGACAAGCACACGAGACACUCAUCCUUCGAAUCCCCCUUGGAUACCUCGAGACAACAUGUCCGAUCAAUCACCUCCUCUCCUUCGACCCCGUCCUCGCCGUCCGUUCGAGCUCACCCCCAUGUCAUCGACUGCUGGGAACUCUCCAGAUGGCCGCGACACUCCGGACCCCCAAUCUCCCGGUGCCGACGAGUCAGGCCUCCCUCCAUCUCGUACUCGCUCGUUCCUCAACCUGACGACAUCUACUCUCUUCGGCAUCUACUCUCCGGCAGGCUACGCACCCGACCGCGACGAGACGCCUUGGGGCACGGGCGCCCAGACGCCCAUCGACAGCAAAGGCAUGAACAUGGCCGAUAUUGACGGCAAUGUCGAUGAUGCCCUGAUGAUGAGAAGCAGAAAGAGAAGAGGCAGCAUGCUUCAAGAGUCCACACGGCGUGUUCAAAGACCCAAGAAGAAGACAUUCAAGAACUGGUUUCUGCCCAUGGUGGGCAAGAAUGUCGUCUUGGGUCUUGCUGGCAUUGCAUAUGGACAACUGAUUGCACGUUUGCAUGAUCGUCAGACUUUGGUACCUGUGCAAGUUGAAGGCAUGCCUUCGGACUCGUGGGCGUAUAUUGCCUACUGGUGUUUUAGUGGUAUUGCUUUGGGUCAGGCUUUGCCCAGGGUCGACUCUAUCUGGAUGAGCGAUGGCAGUGGUGAGAAUGAGGCCGAGAGAGAAUACAGGACUUCUGGAAACUUGCGUAGUGCUCAAGACACGCGCAACCGUAGCCAAAGCUGGACUCCUGGCUGGAACGAGGUCGUGAGAUUCAUUGGUGCCGCUGUGGGCAUUGUCUACGCCAUUCGCCGUCUUCCCUGGCAAUCACCCCUUCAACUCAGUCUUACACUCGCUCUUGCGAACCCGGCCAUCUGGUACUGCCUCGAUCGUACAGGGCCCUGUUUCAUUCUCGCUACCACCGUCGCCCUGACUGGUACUGGUCUUCUCCUUUCCAUCAACCCUGAGCUGAUACCUUCGCCUCAUACCGCAAACAUUGCAUCCUUCUCAAAGCUUGCCAAUGCCACGGCAGAUGCAACGAAAGGACAAGACCUGGUACUCGGCACUUUCACAAUGGAGAGUGUGGGCGUCGCUACUUGGAUUGCCAGCGUCUUGUUCGUCAGCGCUGUCGCUUUCGGCAACAUCGGUCGAAGAUUGUAAGAUGCGAGCGGUAACGGGCUCGCGGACGAGUGAUAUCGUCACAACGUCCCAUAGGUCGAUGGGUGUGUUUAAGCGCAACAUAUUGGUCUGCCUUUGCUCUUGAGCGAGCAGAUGUUUUGCAUGGAGAGGCGUUUACUUACGUGAGCAUUCAGACCACUAGGAUAGUUUUGAAAGAAUGAAUUUAGUCAAAGACUCCUCAUCUUUUGAGAGAUAGCAUCAUGUU